AUGGAUCUUGAGAAGUUAACGGUAAUUGGUAAAGAAUUGGGUUUCUCAGGGGCUUCGCUAAAGCAAUGGAUAGACGAAGAACGCGCACGCGAAAGAGAGGAGCGUCUAACAGAGCGAGAAAGGGCUCGAGAAGUAGAAGCUCAAACGAGUGCUCGUUUAGAAGCAGAACGCACUGUGCUAGAGCUGAAGUUGCGGUUACAAGAGCAGCAAGGAGGAUCGAUCACUCGGGUUCCAGAUGCAUCUGAUCAGGGUACGUCUCCUAGUGUCGCGCAGGGGUAUCGGAGUCCACAUAAACUUAUACCCCCCUUUAACGAAAGGAGCGAUGAAUUGGAUGCAUACAUCCAACGUUUUGAGCGGGUGGCAACAAGUCAAGAAUGGCCUCGGGAAAAAUGGGCCUUGUCCUUGAGCCUAUGUUUGAAAGGGGAAGCGUUAAGUGUAGUAGGACGCAUGGCUGCCGACGAUGCCAUGGACUAUGCUAAACUAAAGCAGACUCUCCUCCAACGAUUUCGCUAUAUUGAGGAAGGAUAUCGUGUCAAGUUCAGAGAGGCGAAACCAGAGAACUCCGAAACGGGAAGACAAUUUUCUGGUCGUCUAUUAGGUUAUUUUGACCACUGGCAGGAGAUGGCAAGGACGGAGCGCACUAAUUGCGCACUUCGGGACAAAAUUGUCUCCGAAGAAUUUCUGAACAAAUGCCACGAGAAACUAGCAAUUUUUAUAAAGGAAAGGGGCUGCCAAGGGCUCGACAAGCUAGCAGAAACUGCAGACCACUACCUCGAGGCCCAGGGGUUGGUCAACCUCGGCAAAAAGAAAGAAGAGACUGACAAGCCGACAGGGCAAGUUAGGAUGUCUGAUCCUCAAGGUGCAAAGAGAAAUCUGCAGUGCUUCCUUUGCAAUAAACAAGGCCAUCGGGCAGCAGACUGUUGGGCCAAAUCAAGAGGACCCGAUCAGAAGACGAAUUUCUGCUGGAAAUGUCGCAAAAACGGGCAUAAAGCUGAGGCUUGUCCGAAGAAGACAGACGGUGGUGGACAGGCGUCAUGUUCUCUGACACGUCGGAAAGAUCGUAAUGUCUACGGAUCUGGAAGUCGUCCAUCCAAACGCCUUGCUGGGAAAGCUGAAGAGGACAAAACGGGAACUGACGUGCAAGCAGACGGCAUGCCCACGGCAACAGGACUACUCGAGGGUCAUCAGGUCACCGUCCUGCGAGAUUCUGGGUGUAACUCGGUCAUAGUCAAGCGGUCCCUGGUUCCUGACGUCAAACUUACAGGACGAAACCGCGUUAUCUUCCUGCUUGACCGGACAGAAUUGUGUCUGCCUGAAGCGGUGGUUGACAUUGAUUCCCCCUAUUUCCAAGGCAAGGUGACAGCGACCUGUAUGGAAAACCCUCUCUAUGAUGUCGUUUUAGGAAACGUGGAUGGUGUGCGGGAUGCCUCCGAUCCUAACGUUAUAUGGAGUAUUCAGCAAGACACGCCUCUUCAAGGAGAGGGGACAGCUCCAGUUAUUGAGGCAAGCGACUGUGGCAGGUCAAUAACUGAACCAGUUCUCAUUGAGACGGGCCUUUCAUCGGCUGCCACAGAGCCAAACGAGUCACAGGCCGGGGCCGCAGCUAAGCAGGCCUCCCGAAACUCUGGUAAAUUACCUGUGGCGGUAGUGAAUUCAUUGGCCAUCAACUCGACGGAGCUGAGCGCCAAGCAGAGAGAAGACAGUACUCUCCAAAGAUGUUUUGAAGCGGUUGGGAACAAAGUUGCUACAAGAUCAGCUGACAUUGAGUUCACACUAAUCAACGGAAUUUUGUUUCGACGGUACAAAUUGCCAUCAAAGAAGGAGAUGGAGCAGCUCGUUGUUCCAAGCGAUCUCCGGGACUUUGUGCUGAAAAUGGCACACGAGGGAAUUCUCGCUGGACACCAGGGAAUUAAACGCACGACAGAUAGAAUCCUCGAGGAGUUCUACUGGCCAGGAGUUCAAGGAGACGUUACUCGAUUUGUAAAGUCGUGCGACACCUGCCAGAGAACUGUCCCAAAGCACCUAGUAGGCCGCGUACCUUUGGGCAACAUGCCAGUCAUCGAAACACCAUUCCAGCGGGUCGCCAUCGACAUUGUGGGACCCCUAUCUCCAACAUCUGAGAAGGGAAACCGCUAUGUACUCACCAUGGUUGACUUCGCGACGCGCUACCCUGAUGUGGUUGCGUUGCCAAGCAUUGAAACGGAGAAAGUCGCCGAGGCUUUACUAGAGAUGUUUUCACUUGUGGGAUUUCCCAGAGAAAUCAUUAGCGAUCGCGGCAGAUCGUUCAUGUCUGGGCUCAUGAGGGAGUUCAGCCGGUUGCUUUCGCUUAAACAUAUGCCAACCACGCCGUACCAUCCUAUGGCAAACGGCCUUGUGGAACGUUUUAACGGCACGCUGAAACAAAUGGUCCGACGAAUGUGUCAGGAAAGCCCCAAGAGCUGGGACAGAUACUUGGCACCACUGUUAUUUGCAUAUCGCGAAGUGCCACAGACCUCCCUCGGGUUCGCACCUUUUGACCUACUGUACGGUAGAUACGUCAGAGGACCCAUGGCCAUAUUAAAAGAGCUCUGGUCAGGGGAGAGUAUCGACGACGAGACAAAGACUUCGUACGGCUACAUGGUCGAGCUUCGGAAGCGCUUAGACGACACGUGCCGGAUAGCCCAAGAGCAGCUCAAGAAAGCAAAGAUGACACAGAAAACCUAUUAUGACAAGAAGACAAGGAGGCGCCAGCUCACUGUUGGAGACAGGGUCCUGCUCCUUUUGCCAUCUGACACCAACAAGCUGAUCCUGACCUGGAAAGGCCCCUUCACUGUCUUAGAGAGACGAAAUGACGUUGACUACGUCAUCGACCUUGGAACAAGAACCAGCUUGUUCCAUAUCAACAUGCUGAAAAAGUACGAAGAGAGGACAAUCGUUGAUCAGACACCUCAACGAGCUUCGGUCGCAUUCCAUGAUGGGAAUGUUGAGGAAGAAGACCUCCCGUGUGCAACACUGCAACCAAACGAAACUUAUCGAGACGUGAACAUAUCAAGGGAGCUGACUGCCGAUCAACGAGCACAAGUUUCCAGACUCCUGACAACAUACCAAGAAACUUUACGCAAGACCUCGUUCCGCCAAGACGGCACAACCAAACCCGGACUCCGCCGCUGCACCAGCAACGAGGAAAUGAACUCUGAUGAAGCUCGCCGCAUCUGUGAACUGUAA